UGAUUGGUCCUAUCUGAGGAGGGCAAACACCAAAGUCACCUACAACCCACUGACCCCUUCCCCAGCUUCAGUUUGCAGCUGUCUCAGGCAGGGAGCUCCUCUGUCCCCAGACUGAGCCCCCGAGGGACCCCGUAGGUAGAGGACCUGGCCAUGCGGAUUAUCGGGGCCCUGCUGCUGCUGACUGCCUGCCUAGGGGUCACUGCCAACCCUGUGCCCACACCACCAGAUGACAUCCAAGUGCAGGAGAACUUCAGCAUAACCAGGUUCUACGGAAAAUGGUUCCACGUGGCCAUGGGCUCCACCUGCCCGUGGCUGGCGAGGUUCAAGGACAGGCUGACCAUGAGCACACUGCUGCUGAGAGAGGGAGAGACAGAGACACAGAUCAGCACGACCAGCACUCGUUGGCGGAAAGGUGUCUGUGAGGAGAUCUCUGGGAUUUUUGAGAAAACAGACACCGAUGGAAAGUUCCGCUACCACAAAUCCAAAUGGAACAUCACCAUAGAGUCCUAUGUGGUCCAUACCAACUAUGAUGAGUAUGCCAUUAUUCUGACCAAGAAACUCAGCCGCCACCACGGACCCACUAUUACCGCCAAACUCUACGGGCGGGAGCCGCAGCUUCGGGAAGACCUGCUGGAGGAGUUCAGGGAGGUUGCCCUGGGCUUGGGCAUCCCUGAGGACUCCAUCUUCACAUUGACCAACAGAGGAGAGUGUGUCCCCGGGGAGCAGGAACCAGAGCCCACUUCACCCCCAAGAGCCCGGAGGGCUGUACUGCCCCAGGAAGAGGAAGGAUCGGGGGCUGGGCAACUAGCAACUGAAUUCAACAAGAAGGAAGAUUCCUGCCAACUGGGCUACGCAGAAGGUCCUUGCCUGGGGAUGGUCAGUAGGUAUUUCUAUAAUGGCUCAUCCAUGGCCUGUGAGACUUUCCAAUAUGGCGGCUGCCUGGGCAAUGGCAACAACUUCGUUACUGAGAAGGAUUGUCUGCAGACCUGCCGCACUGUGGCGGCCUGCAAUCUCCCCAUAGUCCGCGGCCCCUGCAGAGCCUUUACCCAGCUCUGGGCAUAUGAUGCCGUCCAGGGAAAGUGCAUCCUCUUCACCUAUGGGGGCUGCCAAGGCAACGGCAACAAGUUCUACUCGGAGAAGGAGUGCAAGGAGUACUGCGGCGUCCCUGGCGACGGAGAUGAGGAGCUGCUGCGCUUCUCCAGCUGAGAGGUCGGUCGGAGGCCAGAGGAUGGCGGGGAAGCUGCAGGCCAGUGGCUGUCCCGGGGCCCCACCUUGGGCAGGCCGGGCCGAGAGACCUGGGUUCAAAUAAAAACCAAAUCACAGAUUCCUGAAA